AUGACGCCUUUGACCUCCUUCGUCCUGCAUAAUGGAGGAUCUGGUCACCGGGAUCUCCAUAACGGGAACGGAAGGAUCUAUCCGUUAGUGGAUGGUGCAGAUACGGGAACGCAUUCAUCGGCCACCUCCGCCUCGUUUAAACACGAACGUUUAGACACAAGCGGCGGCAGCCGUCGAAUAAGUGUGCGAAUCAGUAUCAAAUUAUGGUAA